CAUUUUUUUCUCGGCAGCUGGGCAGCCGGGCAGCCUCUAACAUCACCGAACAAUUCCCUGCAGCAGCGCCGACCGUCUCUGCCACCCAUCUCCGGCAUGUCUUCAGGGAAAAAGCACUCCAGGGGCGAGGGCGACGAGCAAAAUGCUCGCGCCUCUAAGAAAGCCAAGACCGAUGCCCCUGUCAACGGAGACGUGAAGGUCAAGAAGGAGAAGAAGGAGACAAAGUACAAGAAGGCCAAGCUGGAGCGGGAGGAGAAGAGGGCUAAGAAGGAGAAGAAGGAAAAGGUGCGCAAGGGACAGUCCGAGGAGCAGACUGAGGAACAGCCCGAGGAGCAGACCGAGGAACAGCCCGAGGAACAGGCCGAGAUACAGCCCGACGAACCUGAAGUCGAAGCGGACGCUCCUGCCCCCGACUCCGACACUGCCAUCGCCCCCGCCGCUGCCGUCGCCGUCGAAGCCCCAGAGUCUGACGCCGAGGCUGAGGCCGAGCCCAAGCCUAGCAAGAAGGAAAAGAAAGACAAGAAGGAUAAGAAGGAUCAAAAGGAGAAAAAGGAGAAAAGGGAGAAAAAGGAGAAAAAGGAGAAAAAGGACAAGCCCAAAAAGUCAAAGUCUGCUAAGGACGCGAUAACAAACAUAGAAGUGCAGAGCGCAGAGUCCAAUGGCAGCGCUGCGAUCAAAUCCGCACCGUCCCCCUCCCCCAGCGGGCCGGCGCAGAGAAACGGCGCUACCUAUGUGUACAAGGAGUCGGCCGCUCUGUCGGCCGUGUCGGAAGCCGACGUCGAGGGCUUCCUGACCAAGCAGGAGAUCAGCCUGUUCGACCCGCUCGGCGUCAAGCUGCGGCCGAUCCUGCUGUUCGACCAGCUGCCGCACUCGGCGCUGCUGGCCAAGAAGCCGUUCGGCGCCUUUACGGCGCCGACGCCCAUCCAGGCGGCGUCGUGGGCGUCGUCGCUGUCGGGCCGCGACGUCAUCGGCAUCGCCGAGACGGGCUCGGGAAAGACGCUGGCCUUCUCGCUGCCGUGCGUGGAGGCGCUCGCCUCCAAGCCCAAGCCCAAGCGCGAGCCCAAGGACAACGAUCGCACCGCGCACGCCCGCGCCGUCAUCGUGUCGCCGACGCGCGAGCUGGCCAUGCAGACGCACGCCGCCAUCGCCCCGCUGGCCGCCCUCGUCGGCCUUUCUGCCGUGUGCCUCUUUGGCGGCGCCAGCAAGGACGAGCAGCGUGCGCAGCUGCGCCGCAACACGGGCGCCGACAUCGUGGUCGCCACGCCGGGCCGCCUCAAGGACUUCUUGAACGAGGGCUGCGUGUCGCUCGACGAGGCCAUGUUCGCCGUGCUCGACGAGGCCGACCGCAUGCUGGACAAGGGCUUCGAGGACGACAUCCGCAUGAUCCUAGGCUGCUGCCCGGCGCGCGAGAAGCGCCAGACGCUCAUGUUCACGGCGACGUGGCCCAUUGACGUGCAGGGCCUGGCCGAGGGCUUCAUGGUGGACCCGGUGCGCGUGACCAUUGGCAACCGGCCGCGCGGCGGAGGCGACGAGGAGGGUGGCGGCGGCCGGCCGGGCAACGGCACCGUCGAGCUGCAGGCCAACAGCCGCAUCGAGCAAAAGGUCGAGGUGGUCGACCCGCGCGGCAAGGAGCAGCGCCUGCUGGAGCUGCUGAAGGAGGCCACGAAGGGCAGCGCCAAGGACCACCGCGUCCUGGUGUUCUGCCUGUACAAGAAGGAGGCGAUGCGCGUUGAGCAGUUCCUCGAGCGCAGGGGUAUUCGUGUUGCCAGCAUUCACGGCGACCUGCGGCAGGAGCAACGGACCCGCAGUCUUGAGGCGUUCAAGUCGGGCACGACUACCGUCUUGGUUGCGACGGACGUCGCGGCGCGCGGCCUGGAUAUCCCCGAGGUUAAGCUGGUCAUCAACGUGACGUUCCCCCUGACCAUCGAAGACUACGUCCACCGCAUCGGGCGAACGGGCCGGGCAGGAAAGACUGGCAAGGCCAUCACGCUGUUCACGGAACACGACAAGGCUCACUCAGGAUCACUCGUCAACAUUCUCCGCGCAGCCAAGCAAGAGGUCCCCGAGGAACUCCUCAAGUUUGGCGGCACGGUCAAGAAGAAGGGGCACGAUGCCUACGGUGCGUUCUACAAGGACGUCGACUUGAGCAAGAAGGCUACCAAGAUCACGUUUGACUAGGGUCGUGACUGGAACGGAGUUGUGUAAUUACACGCGUGUGCGUGGCAAAAGUCUUGUUCUCUUUAUUUUGGUAGGGGCUAUAGCUGUCGUGUUUCAUUAGUCCUAUGAGGCCUUUUCCCGCCUCCCCCGCAGAGACCGGUAGCCGCUCAGCAGAAAUUGCCGUUCGGACAGAAGGCUGCGUUGUCUUGUUAGCCUUGGCUCGGUAGCGCUAGAUAUGACAAUAGACGUAGAAAAGAGACAGAAGAAACAAGUACUCACAGAACG